GGACGCGGUACUUCCUACGGAUCUCAUUGGGCUUCAGCUUCCGCCCGCGCCUCUCUUCUCCGACCUCGAUACCUUACACAAACCCUAUAAUUCUGAAGCGAACCUCUUCAACCCUUAGAUAGAUCGCAGAUUCCCUCUCCCUUCCGAUGGCGAGAGAAUUUAACGUACCUCCGGUGAUUUUCCCAUCCGGCGGGAUCGCCAACGUCCCCCAUCAGCGUCGGACUUCGGCAUCGGCCCCGACACCGUCUUUUCAGCCCCCACGGCCUUCAUCAAAUCCCGGCCCGAGCCCUAACCUUCCCUUCAUGUCCUUCGACUUCGGUGCUGCCCAACCCUCCUCCUCCUUCUCCGCCGCCCCCGUCUUUUCAAGCAAUACGAUCUCUUACAGCAGCUUCGAUGAAGAGCCUCCUCUUCUAGAGGAGCUCGGCAUCAACACCCGCCAGAUUUGGAGGAAGACUGUUUCGAUUCUCAACCCCUUCCGAGUGAGCGCCAAUCUUCACGAAGACGCUGAUCUCUCCGGCCCCUUUCUCUUCCUAAUGGCUUUUGGUCUUUUCCAAUUGCUCGCUGGGAAAUUUCAUUUUGGGAUCAUUUUGGGUUGGGUUACUGUUGCUGCGCUCUUUAUUUACGUAGUGUUUAACAUGCUGGCCGGGAGGAAUGGGAACUUGGAUCUCUACCGUUGUUUGAGCCUGGUGGGAUACUGCAUACUUCCGAUGGUUAUCUUCUCGGCGAUUUCUCUAUUCGUGCCUCGUGACGGAUUUGUGAUCUUUGCAAUGGGGGCCGUGUUUGUGCUGUGGUCGACUAGGGUUUGCACGCUUCUUCUAGUCGAGGUGGCUUCAUGUGGCGUGGAGCACCGUGGACUUAUAGCAUAUGCUUGCUGGCUUGUUUACAUGCUCUUUUCGCUGCUUGUCAUAUUUUGAUAUGCGGUGAGAUUUUGGUCUCUUUGUUUUCUUUUCUUUUCGCAGCUUGUAAUUGUGGAUAUCAAUUUCUAACUUUCAUGUCUGAUCUAAAUGGGCAUCAUAUGCCA